UCCCCUCUCAAAUCUCAAUCCGCGUCUCCUUCUGCGUCUGCUCCUUCGUCUUCUUCCUAUGACCGUCUAAGUUUCGGUUCUCAGGAUUUCUCUUUUCUCUGUUUCGUAGCUGUGAUGGCUGUGGAGCUUAUGGGGUUCCCCAAAAUCGACGAGCAGAAGGCAAUCCAGGAGGCUGCGUCGGAAGGCCUCAGGGGCAUGGAGCACCUGAUCCGUCUUCUCUCUCACCAGCCCAAUCGCUUGGACUGUACCGACCUCACGGACCUCACCGUUUCGAAGUUCAAGAAGCUCAUUUCCCUCCUCAACCGGACCGGUCACGCCCGGUUCAGGCGAGCCCCCAUUCCUUCCUCCUCGUCUUCUGCUACCGCUCCAUCUCCGUCCUCCGCCUCGGUUUCUCAAAUGCAUUCAUUUAGUCUAUCUCCGGCGCAAUUCACCUCUCCGGCCACCGUGUCUCCGAGUCCUAUUGUAAGUCAGGCCCCUGCGCAGCACGCGCCUUCUAGUUUCGUUCCGUCACAGGCGCCGCAGAGUUUGACUCUUGAUUUUACAAAGCCCAAUAUCGUCAGCUCCAAGACUAAACCCUUGGAGUUGGAGUUCUCCAAGGAAACCUUUAGCGUCUCGUCAAACUCGUCGUUUAUGUCGUCCGCCAUUACCGGAGACGGCAGCGUUUCGAACGGCAAGCAAGGCUCGUCUCUCUUCUUGACUCCGGCGGCACCGACGGCGUCCGGUGGGAAGCCUCCUCUUUCCUCUGGAUCGUUCAAGAAAAGAUGUCAUGACCACCGCGAUCGCUCCGACGAGGUCUCGGGCUCCGGCAAAUGUCACUGCGUUAAGAGAAGGAAAAAUCGGGUGAAGAAGACGGUGAGGGUGCCGGCGGUAAGUUCCAAGAUAGCGGACAUUCCGCCCGAUGAGUUCUCGUGGAGGAAGUACGGUCAGAAGCCGAUCAAGGGGUCACCAUACCCACGAGGGUACUACAAGUGCAGCACAGUGAGAGGGUGUCCGGCGAGGAAACAUGUGGAACGGGCGACCGAUGACCCGACGAUGCUGGUCGUGACAUACGAGGGGGAGCACCGACAUGUGAUUCAGGGUGCGAUGCAGGAGAACAUGGCCGGGAAUAUGGGUUUGGUGUUCGAGUCAACGUGAGGUGGCGGUGGUGACUGGUGACGGAACCGAACAAGAUUAGGGCAGAUAUGACUUCCUUUUUUCUUUUCUUAGCAUUGUCUCUUUUGGUUUUUUGUGGGGUAGGUGAUGAGAAGGGGGAGUUGAAGGGGCUGGAUUGUAAAUUUGGUUUUGAUCUAGAAAAGCAUGAAUAUGAUGAUAGAGUUGAAGAUUUGGAAUCUCAAUAUUAGACAGCAUGACGAAUCAUCAUUAUUAAGUAAUUAAUUAAUUAAUUUUGGUGCUC